AUGAGAUCCAUAGUUGGACUUUUCGGUUUCGUUAUCAUUGCCUUGUUGUUUAUUGGUAAAAGUGAAUCAACUCCGCUGGAUGAUUAUGUUCAUGCAGCUGAUCCACAUUUUGGCUGGACUGUAAUUCGAACUUAUGAACAACCUGAUUAUAUUUUAUAUAUUUUGAAUUUUACAUCACAAAAAUGGCUCGAUGAAACAUUCACGGAUCAUCCCAUUUGGUGGCACUAUUUGUGUAUUAGUGUUCCACAUAAAUUUACACGACCAAAUAGUGCUUUUAUGUUUAUUGAUGGUGGUCAUAAUAGUGAUUCAAUACCUAAACCACAAGAUAAUUUACUUUCUUUAACAUCAAUGUUUGCUAUUAGUGCUGGAAGCUUAGGGGUUUAUUUGGCAGAUAUACCUAAUGAACCAUUUCGUUUUCUAGCUGAUCCAUCAAAUAGAAGUCGUAGUGAAGAUGGCCUUAUUGCAUGGACAUGGAAAGCAUUUAUUGAAAAUCCAAAUAAUCCUUAUAUACUUCUUCGUAUGCCAAUGACUAAAGCAUCGGUUAGAGCUAUGGAUGCCGUUCAACAAUUUGCAGAUAAAUUAGGUGCUCCUGUACCAAAAAAAUUUGUUGUUGGUGGUGCUUCAAAACGUGGAUGGACAACUUGGACUACGGCGGCAGUCGAUAAUGAACGUGUUGUUGCAGCAAUACCGAUUGUUAUGGAUAUACUCAAUCUUCAAAAAAAUAUGCAUCAUCAUUAUCGAUCUUUAGCUGGUUGGACUUUUGCAUUUAAUGAUUAUUAUGAUUUAAAUAUUACUCAAGACGUUGAUAAUCCAAAUUUAAAUAAGAUGGGAGAUAUUAUUGAUCCGUAUAGUUAUUUUGACCGAUAUCGAAACGUGAAAUUAUUACAAAUACAAACAGGUGGUGAUGAAUUUUUUCUACCAGACAAUGAAGAUGCAUUUUGGAACGAUUUACAAGUAGCUACUGGUGGUUCAUUUUUAAGACGAAUACCAAAUGCUGAACAUUCAUGUGCUGGUCAUGAAAUUAGUCUCUUUUUUACAAUGCGAAGUUUCUAUUUAAGUGUCUAUGAUAAUCGACCAUUACCAUCAUUUAAAUGGACAAAGACAUCAAACAAUACACAUGGUUAUAUUCGUGCUGUUGUAGAUUUCAGUGUUGGUCCUCAACCAAUCAAUGUUCUUGGUUAUCAUGCUCGUACACUUAAUGAUAAACGACGUGAUUUUCGUCUUGUCAUUGCGGACCCAAAUCAUCCCGGCAAAGCUAUUGCAAAUCCUGUUAUUUGGUUAAAAAAUAAUGUUAUAAUUGAGGCACAAACUCCUACAACCAUUGUCUAUUCACUAACUAUUUCAAAUCCUUUGUAUGGUUGGGAAGCUUUCUUUAUUCAAGCAAACUUUCCUGGCCCAGAUGGUACAGCACUUGAACUUACAACUGAAACACAAAUUAUUCCGGAUACAUAUCCAACUAGUGAUUGUCAUGGAACUAGUUGUACUGGCACACUUGUUUGA